AUGAGGAGAAAUUACGCCAUCAUUAUCUUGUUGUUGACAACAAACUACCCAAGCUCGCCACUGGGGGGCUUCAACUGGGUCGGUUCAAUGGGCUUGCAACAUCUACCCAAUGUAACCUUGGAACAGUCAGAAAAGGCAACCCAGCUUGCGGAAAACGGCUUGGCAUUUCAGGAGAAGCACCUCCCAAAGGAUGACAGCAGCGUGUUGGCGGUGUCAUGUGCUCUCGCAAAAGUCCACUGGUUCAACGGUGCGCCAAAGAAAGAGAUCGGUCGCUUAGAAAAGCUCAAAAAGCUUGGCACUGGAAGAAGCGUAAUGGAGAGGUUGGCGCUCCUGGCUGAGCUUGGGAAAUGCUACAGCUCGGCUAAAGAGUAUGGCAAGGCAGCGGAAAACCUGGAGAUGGGGAUAGACGCUGUGGGGAACAAACUCACAAAGGAUGAUCCGAUUCUCAUUGUCGUUAACACAUGUGUCUUCGCCUUUCAUACAUCCUUGUUAGCGCACCUAUUUUGA